AGUCAGAGGCGGGUGCUCCUGUGUCUCCUGGGUGGGUGGAACUGGUGAGACCGGCUGGUGUCUGGCAUGGAUGGGAGUGGAGUCAAGGCCCAGUCUUGCUAUUUAUUCCUCUGGUCCAUUCGCCUCCUCCUUCUGUGCUGUGAGCCUCAUCUCUCCUUCUGUAACGUCCUCCACAUUCUUCCCCGGCUACCCAGCCAUGAAUUGCCUCAGAGCUCCUCCAAGCAACUCUUGGGUUUAUCCCACAGUGAUACUCUGCUUGUUUGGAUUUUUCUCCAUGUUCAGGCCCUCGGAAGCAUUCUUAAUCCCAUUUUUGUCUGAACCUAGUAAGAAUCUUACUAGCGCAGAGAUGGCAAACGAGGUCCUUCCCGUCUGGACGUACUCUUACCUGGCAAUGCUGCCCCCUGUGUUUGUCCUCACCGACUACUUGCGCUACAAACCCGUCAUCAUGCUACAUGUUGUGACCUUCGCCACUAGCUACCUGAUGCUCUUGUUUGGCCAAGGUGUGAUGCUCAUGCAGGUGGCUGAGUUUUUCUUUGGGAUUGUCUCAGCCACGGAGAUAGCCUACUAUGCUUACAUAUACAGCAUGGUCAGCCCAGAGCACUAUCAGAAGGUAAGCAGUUACUGUCGGAGUAUCACCCUGGUGGCCUACACAGCAGGCUCUGUGCUGGCCCAGGUCUUGGUAUCCCUGGCGAGCCUGCCAUACUUCUACCUCUUUGUCAUAUCGUUGGCCUGUGUCUCUGUGGCUUUUGUUUUCUCCAUUUUUCUACCAAUGCCUAAGAAGAGCAUGUUUUUCCAUACAAAGUCUGACACAGAAGCUUGCCAAAAGCCGCCAGAACAAGGUACUGCCCUCGAGGAAGCUCAGAACCACAAGAGCGCUCCCCCAGAAUUGUUUGCCACUUCAGUGGACCCAGGGGACCGAGAGCAGAGCAACCCAGGGCUAGAAAAUACGGCUUCAAAACACUUUGUGCAUUGGUUCCAGGAUCUCAAGGAGUGUUACUCCUCAAAGCACCUUGUUUACUGGUCCCUGUGGUGGGCUUUUGCCACAGCCGGUUAUAACCAAGUCUUGAAUUAUGUUCAAGUCCUAUGGGAACACAAGGCACCCUCCCAAGACUCUUCUAUCUAUAAUGGAGCAGUAGAGGCCAGUGCAACAUUUGGAGGAGCAUUGGCUUCAUUCUUGGUGGGCUAUGUGAAGGUCAACUGGGAUUUGCUAGGAGAGCUGGGUCUGGCUGUCUUCUCGGCUGUCAUCGCAGGCGCUCUGUUGCUCAUGAAUUACACGCAUAGCAUCUGGGUGUGCUAUGCUGGCUAUUUACUAGUCAAGUCUAGCUAUUCAUUUCUUAUAACCAUAGCAGUCUUUCAGAUUGCUGUUAACCUGAGUUUAGAGCGUUAUGCCCUGGUGUUCGGCAUAGACACCUUUAUUGCCUUGGUGAUCCAGACCAUCAUUACUGUGAUUGUGGUAGAUCAAAGAGGACUCCACUUGUCAAUCACCACUCAGUUUUUAGUUUAUGGGAGUUACUUCGCCGUCAUUGCUGGGGUCUUCCUAAUGAGAAGCACAUAUAUUCUCUACUCAGCCAAGUGCCGAAUGGAAGUACAGAGCCUUGCUGCCACUCCAAGUCCCAAUGAGCCACACCCACAAGAGCCAAGAGAGGAGUCAACGAAGUUCUAAGCCAAUUACAUCAAAAUGGGCCGAAUUUCAGUAU